UAAAUUGAUUUAUUGCCAUUAUUGUUUGUUCACAACACAAUAAUCAAACACCAUCUUAAACCCAGAAAAUUAGAUCUCCAAUAUAUAUCAAAAUGCAGGCUGUUUCUUGCUUUGUACAUCCACUUUUUCCUUCGAAAUCUGCCAUUUUUAUUAGCUCACCUUCCAAAAUUGUAACACCCACUUCUUUAACUACCAAUAAUAUUUCCAGCACUUCUCUAAUUAAGGCUACCUCUUCAGAAGCCUUUGAACCAUUAGCAUUUAACUACAACUCUCAGUUCUCGGUGUUUCCAGCAGAAGCUUGUGAAAUUCUUGGAGGAGAUGCUUGUACAGCAGUUAUGUAUCCUGAAGUCAAACUUGAUAAACCCAAAAUGAGUGAAACCAAUACAAAUAAUACUGUUGAACAGUUUGACAGGGAGUACUUUGAUUAUGACAGUGAUCCCAAAAGUGUGUUAAGGGGAGAAGCAUGUGAUGACCUUGGAGGUGAAUUUUGUGAAGCUCCUUAUAUAAAUGGGGUCUAUUAAGAGAGAAAUCACACCCAAAGGUUGCAAAUAUUUUGCUUAAUCUACUUGUAUAGACAUUGUGUACCCUUAGAUUUUGAAGUAUUUAGUUGGAAAGAUUCUAUGGUGGUCAAUUGGUUAUAAAUAAAGACGACCAUUGGAAUCUAGUGUUCUAAAAUGAUUUCAGGUUUAGAUGAGGGUGUAAGAAGACUCUUAAGUAUCUAGGAGUUCUUGAUGCGUAUAAAUCAAUGCUACUCUCCCUUUUGUCA